CAAUCUUCAAGUUUUUCCUACCUUCGGCCUUCCGCGCGCGUGUACCUUUGCGAAAAAAUUUUCCAGCUACGAGAGCACACACACCACGAGUUCAACGCGUACCAAGUACUUAAAACAAUACCAAUAAAAAUGAGAAAAAUCGUUUGUUAUUGUCAUGGGGCGAGAGAGGAAACUCCAAAGUUAUACAAAAGCGAGCAGCAUCGUCGCACCCAUGCGUGUGUACCUAUACGCGUAGAAGCUAAAUUUAGUUGGUGCGCAAUGUAUACCCCGAGUUCGGCUACGCGUCAUCAGACAAAACUUUUUCGUUUGGCCUUUUCGCCCAAACUUUGAGUACCUAUUACACGUUCAACCGAGUGGUCUGGAGAAGAAAAACAUGCCGGGGACAACGGUGGCCGUGGCGAGGACUGCCCUGGUGCUGCUGUUGGGGGCCGCACAGGUGAUCGGCGUCAUGACCGACAACUGCAAGAUAUCGUGGAUGGAGGCCAGCCACGAGGUGGCAGAGUCGAACUACGUGCUCAAAAUCUCCGUGUUCAACACCACGGGAGAUCUGCGCUCUUACUUCCCAAACACGAAUUACGACAUAACGAUAAGGUCGAAGCUGGCGAACGUGACGUUCACGCAGUUUUACUUUGCCAUCUGGAACAGCAACAGGACGCUGAGCUACGGUGGCCUCGAGCUUCGCGAGCGCGAGCUGUCCAAGUUCCACAACGGGCCGUACUGCGUGAACCGGAUAAUCGACGGCCCGGUCUCGUUGGCCAAGCUGUCGUUGACGAUCGGCUGGCAGAGCCCGGCCCGGGACAGCGGCUGCGUCGAGCUGAGGGUCGCCGUCAAGGAGACGGAGCUCAGGUACCACGUGGCCAACGCGACCGUGUGCCAGGACCCACGGGUAAUGCUCGACGACCCGGGUCCCGUGUUGCCGGAGUGCUGCGCCUGCGACGAGGCCAAGUACGAGCUCGCCUUCGAGGGCCUCUGGUCCCGUUACACCCAUCCCAAGCACUUUCCGAGGAGGGAAUGGGUCGCCGUGUUUCCCACGGUCCUGGGAGUAUCCCACUCGCCUGGCUACAAUUUCUGGCGGAGCUACGAACCCGCCAGCCGGGGUCUCGAGAAGUUUGCCCUCACCGGGGACACCGUCCACCUCGAGUCGGAGCUCAAGUCCAACAAGGGUAGCAUAGGCACGCUGAUAAAGUUCCGAGGGGCGAACUUUCAGAACAAGACCCGGAAAUCGUUCGCCGCCCUGAGGGUCAGCAGCGUCAAGCACGUGGUGUCCCUCGUGGCGCGAAUAGAUCCGUCGCCCGACUGGUUCGUCGGUGUGCACUCGAUGGAGCUCUGCAGGCCCGACUGCACGUGGCUGGGCUCUAAGGUCUUCAACCUCUACGCCUUCGACGCUGGGGUACGCAACGGCAUGCUCUACGAGGAUCUUGAUGGAUUGACGGAGCCGCGGGAGGUGAUCCAGAGGUUGAACAUGACCUGGCCGUUGCCGGUCAACGGGAUCGAGUCGCCGUUCUACGAUAGGAGCAACAACACCCACGACGUGAGGCCCCUCGCUAGGAUCCACCUGAGACGGCUCAGGGGCUCGGAGAGGAGUUGCCAGCAGGCCCGGCCCGAGGAGGAUUGCGUCGGCCAGUGGGGCAAGUGGGGCCCCUGCUCGGUCGAGUGUGGCUUCGGCAUAUCGAAGAGAAGCCGCGCCCUCGGCAAGUCCUACGACCACACCAACUGCAGCCUACCCCUCGAGGAGUCGAGGACCUGCCAGGCGAUAAAAAACAAAUGGUGUAUAAUAUAUAUACGCGUGAUUGUGUAUAUACGUUUGGCGAUAAAACCACUUAUAUACGUGUGUGUAUGUAUUUGCAGUCCGAGGGAGGUGAGCGCGGAAGAUUGCGCCCUGACCGAGUGGGGCGAGUGGACCAGGUGCUCAAAGAUGUGCGGCCAGGAGAUUGUGGGCCGAUCCCGGUCCUACGUGUGGAGGCAAAACGACCAACAGUGCGAGGAACAGUUCGGCGAGGCCGUGCUCGAGGAAAAAAUGGACUGUGGCAAUCCACCCUGUCCCGAGGACAAUUUCUUGUGCGUCGACGACCGCUACAACAACUGGAUGGAGUGGUCGGAGUGCUCGUUGACCCGCGGUACCGGCUUCAAGUUGCGCUACAGGACCGUCAAGGAACACCUGAAGAGGGCCCAUCUCGAGGUGCCGGACGCGGACAUGGAUUACGGCUACAGCGGCUGCCUGUACGAGAAGGAGCCGUGCGAGGGAUUGGAGGUGCCGGUGAUCGAUGAACCUGCCUCGAACCCCGAUGACGAAAGGUCCAUCGAGGCACCGACCGACCCGAUGUUCAAGCACGCCGACAAACCGGGCUAUUGUAUGCUGCCCGCGAACGAGGGAAGCUGCCCGGGCGGGCACAACGACAACUCGAUCAGGUACUACUACGACAAGGUGAAGGGCAGGUGUCUGCCGUUCCGGUACUCCGGUUGUGCCGGCAACGAGAACAGGUUCAACGACGAGCGGCUUUGCACGCAGACUUGCGUUGUGCACGGUCAGAGAAUCGACUGCGAGAUGUCAAAGUGGAGCUCGUGGUCCGCGUGCAAGAACUGCCGUGAUUUUAAGACACGGGAAAAAACCAUCGUGGUCCAACCCGAAAACGGUGGGAGGAUGUGCCCGUUGACGAAAGUCCAGAGACAGCCGUGCCGGCCCGUAUUGACCAACUGCACGCGCUUCAACUAAUUCGACUAUUAUUGAUGUAACCGUGACGAUAACAUCUUAUCUUUUACAAUCAUUCAUGUGUACGUAAUAAAGAAUUGUACGCGCAAUUGUGCAUCUAACGAUUUCGGAUGUUAAAAAUUACGUAUCGUUAUAUUUUUGUUUGCACAAAUACAACGUAAUACCUACUCGAGGCGAUCGCGAGCACGAGUCGAAUGGGU